ACUUUCUUUUGUAAGAAGCACUUGUAAAAUAAACUAUUUUCUUGGAAUCCCACGCAGGGGCCUUGAAUCCUAAGGCGAGAACUGAGAACCAAACCCCACAGCAUACGCAGAAGGGUUUGUUGUUGGCGUGGGAGGACGAAGGGAUUGAAAAUUGAAGAAUUAGAAUAGCGAUGAGAGGAAACAAUUACAAUCACAAUCAGAAUUCUAGGUCUGGGAAUUAUCGGAAUCCAUGUUUAACUAUGCACCAGCCAUGGGCUUCUCUCCUCGUUUACGGGAUCAAGCGUAUUGAGGGCAGGUCAUGGCCUUCUCCAAUCACAGGUCGUCUUUGGAUUCAUGCUGCCAGUAAAGUUCCAGAUGAGUCCACUAUCAAAGCAAUGGAAUACUUCUAUAAGGAGAUACAUGCACUCAAUGGCAUCACUGAUAUCGAGUUUCCUCAACACUACCCCGUUUCUAGACUUCUGGGCUGUGUUGAAGUGGUUGGCUGCUUAAGACGUGAUGAGCUAGCAAGCUGGGAGAUGGUUCCUGAAGGGGUGAGGCUGGAAGCACAAACUGAUUAUUGUUGGCUAUGUGAACGGCCACAGAAAUUGUUGAUUCCAUUUGAGAUGCGAGGAUACCAAGGUGUUUAUAACUUGGAAAGGAAGAUCUAUGAAGCUGCAGUUAGAGGUCUGUCUCCAGUUAAUAGUCCGUUGCCGGUGAAAUUUCCACUUCCAGAUCCACGAGACCCAUUUUCCCUGAAGCCUGGUUGUAUCUCUGCGCUUACUCCUAAUUUGAAAGCAACUGAAGUGGACAGAUCAUCCAGUAUAAGUUUGGCCAUAGCUGGUGCACGAGCAGCAGCUACUCAGUUCUCAAAGAAGGAUCAGAAUUCCCAAAGCACUGAGAAAAUGAAUGCUAAUCAUGAGGAGACAGAAAUUGCAAGAUCUUAUAAUUUAAGAUCGAUAAGAAGAUGUACGGAAAAGGAUAAUAUAUUAUCCACCAAGUUAAAUAAGAAAGUUGAUAAUGGGGCCUUGCCAUCACAUCACGAAGAGAAAAGCAGUUAUAACAAGAGUGAGGGAAGUAGUUCGCAUAAUCAAUCACCCGGGGCUGAUUGGAGACAACAUCUUCAGCCACCUACUAAGCCGCCGAACGAGCAACUUGAUCAGGGGGCUCUGCAAUAUAAAGAGGAAAGCAGUUGUGACAAGUAUGUGGGAAGCAGUCAGCACAAUCGAUCUCCUGGUGUAGAAGCAGAUUUUAGACAGUAUCCUCAGCCACCAUCUAAGAUUUUUGCUGCGGCUUUGAAAAGUCUGAAGGAAUGAUCGUGGAAGGAGUCUGGCUGUGAAUUUGUAACAUGGAUUUGUAACGUAAUGAUGAAAUGUAACUUUGGGACUGAAAUAAAGCUAGGAUGUGGAUGUUUUCAUGAAUUUAUUUUGAUGCUGGAGUCUGUAAAUUAUAAUAAUUUCAUGUGAUUUCUGGAUGUCUGAGUGAGAGCUCAGGUUCUUGGAUAGAAUAAAUAAUAGGAGAUUGUAGUCGUCUUGUCGUGGGCAUUGCCUUUUUUUGUUGUUGUUGUUGUU